AGGGCAAGUGGCUGAGGCUAAGGACUGCAAUUCCAUCCAGCCUAGUUCAUUUCAGUCAUCCGCUCAGUGCAUACCCGGGACAAGGAGAGCAUUUUCAUUCGUUUAUUUGCCCAAGACCGUCAAUCUAAGGGGGAAAAUGGUAAAGUACAUGCGGCAGCACAGCGAGCUGAAAUCUGAAGAUGUCCUCUCGGAGUCUGAUGCGUCCAUCGACCAGCAGGAUUUUAGAGAGAUGUCCGACUAUUCUUUCAACGACGUUUUAUACUCCAAAUGUUCCGCAAUGGACCAAAUUGGCACUUUCAUGAAAAACGUGCAAGUGCUGCUCGAUGCGGCAAAUUACCUUGAAAAUAUCGAGAAGAACAACGGAAAGUGUGAACAUGGAUAUGCUUCAACAUACCCCUCAACUCAAACUGCACAUCAUCAUCAGAAACAACGCAAGUUCAAAAAUAAGAAAAUGGACAGUAUUCACAACAGGUCAGCACACAAUGAACUGGAAAAGAAUAGACGAGCACAUCUCCGCUUGUGUUUGGAGAGGUUGAAGUCCCUCAUACCUCUGGGACCAGACUGCAGUCGGCACACUACACUGGGACUGCUCAACAAGGCCAAAGCACAUAUCAAGAAACUUGAAGAGAUGGACCGGAGGAGUCAGCACCAGCUGGAGAACCUGGAGAGGGAGCAGAGGCACCUGCAGAGGCAGCUAGCCCACCUGCAGACAUCUGGGGAAAGAGAGAGGGUCCGCAUGGACAGCCUGGGCUCCCGGGUGGACUCUGAUCGCUCAGAGUCUGACAGAGAGGAGAUUGAGGUGGAUGUGGAAAGCACUGAGUUCUCCCAUGGAGAAAUGGACAGUGUAAGCACCAGUGGUGCUAGUGACCUGGAUGACCACAGCAGCCGGCAGAGCUCAGUCAGUGAUGAGGGCUACUCCACUUGCAGUCUAAAACUGGCCUUCUCUGCUUAAAGCACCAGCCUAUACUUUCACUUCAGCUGCAGUCUUACAUGGCUUUCACCUUUUAAAAGUACCAGCCUACAGCUCCAUUCGCCCUUGCAGUUUAAGCGAAACGUCUCCUCAAGAAGAACCAGCCUAAAUCCCACCUGUACCUGAAGCAUGAAACGUCUACCCCUCACCCAAGAACCAGCCUUAACUUCAACUGAAUCUAAAUGUCUAAAACGGUCUUCAACCAAGAACCAGGUGGCUCCUCUACAAGCUGAAAAUGACAUUUUCUACUAUAGUGAGCCUCAUGUUUAACUAUUCUGGCAAUAUACAAAAUCCUCAUUUCCGAAGUUGCAGCUUCAAGUUAAAUAGUCACUUAAAAGUCUGUUUUUUUCCCCAUAAUCUGCUUCAGUCAGCUAUCCCUGCAUUCCAUAUUGAUCCUUUUAUGAACCUGUAGAGGAACCAUAAACACACACAGUAUCCAACACUGAAAUGGCAACUGUACCUUUAGUCAAGUUGAUCUCCUGAAACCAGCGUAAAAAAAAAAAAAAAGCCCAAUACCAGCUAGAAGCUCACCAUUGUGAAAGGUUGCUCCAUUUGCCUUGUAAAAACAAUUGCCCUUUUUUCUGUGGAUAUACCUUCCAUAUCCAAACAGCACUUCUUGUCAACGAACAAGCCAGUGGCAAGGGCUACGAUAUCUGCAUUCCAAGAUAUUUAUUACAUUUCUAGAACCUCUGCUUUAGGAACCAGUCAUCCUAGAGCCACUCGGCAUCCCUCUUCAUGACUAAAAUAGUCUUAUCCAAACAGGUGGCUCCAUCCACCCAAUGUUACUCUAAUUUAUUUUACAUAUGGUUAUCAUAUGUGUAGUAUUUAUUUUUGAUAUAUUUAAUUGUAGCUAGGUCUUGGUCAUGCUUGAAUGGAAAAAAAAAUGGAAAAAAAAAAAUACUCUGCGGUUAAAAGGUAUUUUCUCAUUAUUUUACCACAUUGUUUACCAGUAUUACUGAACUUAAUAUUAUCCCCACUAGCUUCUGCAGUGCUACAAGAUGGGCUUCAUGUAUUUCUCUGUGGCAUUUUGUUAAAACAAUCAAACACACCUCAUUCAAACUGUAAGCAAAUUCAGUUUCAUUUUACUUACAAAGUAAUAAGCUAUCCUGCACUUGUCCAAGCACAAGGCUCAAGCAAUAACACCUAGUUUUGUCAAAUCUUUAGUGUUGGCUGUGUUUGGCAUAUACUUCUGUCCGUCCAACACCAAGUUGAAGUUUGCUAGUUUUCUACUUGCUAGAGUGGCUAUAUUGGUUAUUAUUAAUCAGCAGUUAAAAAAAAAAAUGAUUGUAACGGUUGAAAAAAAGCUAUGGUGCAUGUGUAUUGAAUGUAGCCUUUCUGAAUCAUGUUGUAAUGUGCUUUGGAUUGACAUGUCUUCAAAAAAAAAUGUCCGUAGCAUGAACACCACAAACACUACAGAAAGAAUAGUAGGUUUUGUUUAUACUCCCCAAUCUUUAUUACUGUAAAUUUUUGUACUGAAGCAGAAAAGUACUGAAAAUUGUGAUCAUCUGGCAAUGUCCCAUCAACAAUGAAUUGUCUGACCCACAGAAUUGCACUGCGAACCUAAUCUACUCCAAGAAACCAAAUAAGUCAUUUCAAUAUAUGACCAUUAUCUACAUUCUCCUGGUACAAGUCCUAUGUAGAUCAACACCACCAAAAUGUGUCUUAACAUGGGUAAAUGGACUCUUGCACAAAGUUCCUUGUUACAGGUCUUUUUUUUCCCCAACAUCUGUGUUUGGGAAACUUUAAAAUGCACUAUGAAAAAGACUUGUGUUAAGGAAGUGUCUAAGCACACCCCAGAAUGUUUUCUCUUGUGCUUAAUCAGCCAUCCAAGGUGACUUUUGCAAAACAUGUGCUGCUGGUCCCCUGCUAAUACUUUGUUACGGUUCCUGAUUAUUGUCCCUGGAAUCUUAAUAAACCUCCCAGAAGUACACCA